AUGGCCCAGUCCACCACUCCAGGCUUCGACAAAGCCUUCGCCCAAACCCUAUGCGAUCUCCAAGUCCCCAAAGUCCUCAGAUUCUCCCCAAACGGCCGACAACUCUUGUACUCCACCAGUCUCAUCGGCGGUCAUCGCAAAGGCAAAAACGCCCUGUCAACGCUCUGGAUCGCAUCAUCCUUUGAACCAAACUCUUCUCGCCAACUAACAUCCGGUCUUUACAACGACACUUGGCCAAAAUGGCACCCUGACGGAAUCAGAAUUGCCUUUCUGUCAGACCGUGCGAAAGCUGGUGAAUCUUCGGCGAUUUACAUCCUGAGAAUGGACGGCGGUGAUGCGAUACCUAUAACUAAUGCUGAGAAUGAGGAGGAUAUUGAGACUUUUCUGUUCUCACCCGAUGGUAAGACGAUUGCGUAUGUCUCGCCGGAUGAGAAAUCGGAGGAUGAGAAGGAAAAGAGUGACAAGGACGAGCCUGAUCCUGAAGUCUGGGGCGAGAAGUGGGAUUUUGCGAGAUUAAGGCUCGUUGAUGUGGAAUCUCACGAGACAAAGGUUCUUGUUGGUGGGGAUACGCACGUUGGUGAAUUUUCUUGGAGCCCUGAUGGCAAGAAAGUUGUUUUUAUGAGUCAGGAGAAUCCUCAUAUCGAAGAGGCGAUGUUGACUGGCACGACUAUCUCAACAGUUGAUGUCGAGACCGGCGAGGUCACGGAGCUUUGUAAGAUCAUGAAUGAGCCGUAUGAUCUUACCUGGUCGCCGGAUGGGCAGGUUUACUUCAUCACUGGUGUACCUGCUGAUAAAGAUACUGGAGGAAGAGCUGUCUACAGGACUGAUCCCAAGGCCGAUACUCGCGAUCUCGUCAAGGUUGCAUGUGGCGUGGAUGACGACGCUGGAGGUCUUCACGUCGUUGGUGGCAAGGUCCUUGUGAACCGUCAGGUUAGGUUUGUCGAUGUCAUCAGUGAGAUUGAAGGCGAUGAUCUUUUCGAUGAGAAGAAGGAGUUUUGGGUUUAUGAUGUCUUUGUUAAUCAAGAGACUGGGACUUCAACUCUUGCAGCGAGCUUGUCAGAUGCUGGUACGCCAUACGACAUCUUCGUUAUCGAGUCAGGAAAGGAAAAGAUCAAAAUCUCCAACCAUGGAAAACCACUUGCAGACAGAUCCCUUGGCUCAAGCACAGUCCUCACCUGUCGCUCCACCGACGAUGAAGUCGAACUCGACAGCCUUUAUUUCACCCCAUCAUCCAAAGCCAACUCCGACACGACGCCAACUGAACCCCUCCCAACAUUCGUCCUAAUCCACGGCGGUCCAACAUCUCGCGACACUGAUACCUUCGACACAACUUGUUUCAACUGGGCCCCAUACAUCCUCUCAAAAGGCUACGGCAUUCUCCUCCCUCAAUAUCGCGGCUCAAGUGGCCGCGGUGAGAAAUUCGCUUCGUAUAGUAUGGGUGGACAGGGGAAGUAUGACUACGCUGAUGUUGUGGCUAUCACCGAUAAUGCUAUCAAGAAGGGUUUUGCAGACCCCAAGAAACUGAUUGUUGGAGGUUGGAGUCAAGGUGGUCUUUUGACGUAUCUGUGUAGCGUGCGCAAUGGUCUUCAUGGUCUGGGGUGGCGCUUCAACGCAGCUAUUGCAGGAGCAGGAGUAUGCGAUAUUGAAAGUCUUGCCCUUAGCGCUGACCUCGGAUCAACGUACGAGAUCGAACUUGCGGGGGGUAAUACAAUCUGGACUCUCAACCGCGACGACACGAGAAAUCGACAGGGCAGUGCGCUUUGGGAAGUCGCCAGUGCAGUGAAGCAUACCAAAGAGACAGGGGAGAUGGUCAUCCCGCCUAUGUUGAUCUUUCACGGUGAUAAAGAUGAACGAUGUCCGUUUUCACAGGCUAAGGGGUUUAGGAGGGCGUUGAGGCACUGGGGGCUGAAGUGCGAGUUUGUCAAGUUCCCGGGGGAGGGGCAUGGGAUUGAACAGCAGAGGUUUUGGUUUGAUAUGUUCGAGAGGAUUGGGAGGUGGUGUGACACUUACAUUGGAGAUGGAGUGGAUGAGCAUGAGAUGAAGCUGGCGAUGAGAUGAGGUGCCACUGUCUGUAUGUAGCUGAUAAUGAUUGAACUUUUGACAAGGCCCUUGACUGUUCUGCUCAAUGGCAGCAGACAUUCGCGUUAGGCAUACAUGUUCAUAGUAGCUGCAGAUGUGAACAGAGUGACAGUGGCAGAAUACCUUCUCGCAGUGUCUCGACACCGGAACAGCGAACACUCCUACC